ACAGCGCUAUGCAUUGUGGGACACAGAGUAAGAUGGAGUCGACCACUAAGAGCAUGUUGAAGCCUCAAUAAAAUGUCGUUUAAGUGUUAUAUCUCCGCGUAAGGCUGUAAUUUAUGCGUCGUUGUAACAAUAACGAAAGAUCUAGGUGGCACAAGAUCGUAGCUGGGCAUUGAAACUGUUCAUAGUUAUUGUGUUGUUGUAGAAAACAUGGCUGUGUUGGGAGGGUUACUGAAAGCUGGAGCGUCCUUCUGUCAGUCUGCUGCGACUCUGCUACACACAGCCAGGACCAUUUCUACUGGCACAUGCUGUCAGAUCAGGAUGCAUGCCAUCCCUCAGCUGAAGAAGGUGGACAGGUGGACUGAGAAGAGGAGCAUGUAUGGAGUUUAUGAUAACAUAGGCAUCUUAGGGGACUUUAAAGCUCAUCCCAAAGACCUGAUCGUGGCUCCCUGCUGGCUGAAGGCUUUCAAAGGGAACGAACUGCAGCGUCUAAUUAGAAAGAAGAAGAUGGUGGGAGACAGAAUGAUGACUCUGGACAAACACAACUUGGAGAAGAGGAUCCGCUUCCUCUACAGACGCUUCAACCGUACUGGCAAACACCGCUAACAUUAACAAACCACACUGGCAAAUACAUCUGACCAACCAAUAAGGACUGUUUAGGUCUAGCUGUGUGAUUUCAUUCUGUCAAAGUGCUGUAUGUUGCCAUUUUUUCUAAGUUAUCAUAUUCAUAUAAAGACAAGAUUUGUGUGUUUCAGUAGCAUACUUCCUGUACUUUUGUUUAUUAAUUGUCUUUUAUCCCUGACAAACACAAAAUACAUGAUAUAAAAGCCUAAAAAUGGAA